AUGGCGUAUCUUCUCCUGUACGUCGACGACAUGAUCCUGUCAGCGUCGUCUCCGGCACUGCUCCAGCACAUCGUCAGCCAACUCAAGUCUGAGUUCGCCGUCAAGGACAUGGGACCGGUGCAAUACUUUCUCGGCAUCGAGGUCAAGCGGUCUCCAGAAGGCUUCUUCCUCUCCCAGUCCAAGUAUGCGUCCGAAGUCCUCGAGCGCGCGGGCAUGGCGAACUGCAAGCCUGUUGCUACACCAGCCGACACCAAGCCCAAGCUCGCCAGCGACGAUGGCGCUCUAAUGCACGACGCGACGUGGUACCGCAGCAUGGCCGGCGCGCUCCAGUAUUUGACGUUGACGCGCCCAGAUAUCGCCUAUGCGGUGCAACAGGUGUGCCUGCAUAUGCAUGCUCCCCGAGAACCUCAUGGUGCGAUGCUGAAACGGAUCCUGCGCUACAUCAAGGGAACCCUCUCCUUCGGUCUGCACCUCUGCGCCACGACAUCGCCCACGCUCAUCGCCUACAGCGACGCCGACUGGGCCGGCUGCCCCGACACCCGGCGUUCCACCUCAGGAUUUUGCGUUUUCCUCGGCGACUCACUCCUGUCGUGGUCAUCCAAGCGGCAAACUACGGUUUCGCGCUCCAGCGCGGAAGCCGAGUAUCGCGGCGUGGCGAACGCGGUGGCUGAGUGCACCUGGCUCCGGCAACUCCUUGGCGAGCUUCACUGCAGCAUUCCAAAGGCAACCAUCGCCUACUGUGACAACAUCUCCAGCGUCUACAUGUCCAAGAACCCGGUGCACCACAAGAGAACCAAGCACAUCGAGCUUGACAUCCAUUUCGUCCGCGAGAAGGUUGCGCUUGGUGAGCUCCGCGUUCUGCCGAUACCGAGUGCCCAGCAGUUCGCCGACGUGUUCACGAAGGGGCUCUCUUCUAGCAUGUUCAACGACUUCCGUUCCAGUCUCUGCAUCGGGCCAAAGGUGGCUUCCCAAACAAUCGCCUUGGAGGUCGAGUUGCCGGCCCUCGGCCCGGGGCAGCUGCGGGUGACCGUGGCAAACGGCGAGCACGUUUGGUGCCCGGGCGUGUACCGUGACGUGUUGUUCUCCAUCGACCAGGAGUCCUUCACCGGGGACUUCUUCGCACUUCCGCUGGCUGGGUACGACGUCGUGUUGGGGACCUAG